AUGCAGACACAGACAGAGGACCUAGAGGCUACGAAAGUCGAGCUUGCCGAGGUGGUCAUCGACAAAGAGGGCAGCCAAAUGGAACUCCGAUCCGAAGUCGAUGCGCUAAAGCAGCUGACCGGGGUGCAAAGCCAGAGCGAGCUGCUCAAACAGCUGCAGGAUUCCCAGUUAGAGGCCGUGGACAAGAAAAUUUCCGAGGCCGUGGAGAAGGAAGCUUCCUCUCUUCGCCAGCUUCUGGAGUCCAGAGCUCUGCUCGCGGAGGAGAAAUCCUCGCAGAAAGCUGAGACCAUUCGUGAAAGCGUCGAGAAGAAGCUCGAGGAAGGCCUGCUUGAGAAGGUGAACAUGGACUUGAUCUCCAAAAUGGAUGCCGUCAUGGAUCACCUCUCACAAACACAGGUUGAGAUGGAGACGCAGCAGAAGGGGAUCAUUGAGAGAGUUGAGGGUUAUCGUCGAAAUCUGGAUGAGACCAGUGACCUCUCCCGGCGCAUCUCCUCCUUGCAUGAGUUGCUUGAACCUCGUGUGACUGUCAUGGAGGAAUGGCGAGAAAGUGCGGACAGUGCCAUCCACCAGAUUCAGAGCGAGAUGAAGGAUUCUGUCAAGGAGAUUCGGACCCCCAAUCCGACGCAGCCGACCACACCGAACUCUGUCAAGGCCCAGGUGCAAUCCAGUGACGCCGAGGGCAGCCGCCAUGCUACUGCCAGCAAUGGCGCCGCAGAGCUGGCCGACGCCCUAAGUGUUUGCCCGCGUCGAAAGCGCGUCUGUAGCGCCGGCCGGCUCGAUCCCACCGAAGACUUUGAUGGCUCCUGUCCCGGCGCCGCCGAAGGCAUGGACGUCAACCUCGGAUGGAUGGCGCUAUACGCAGUCUGCGGCGGCUCCCCCGAAAGUGUGGACCCUCAGCGCACCCGCAGUUCGGUUGCCGCUCUUCAGUGGGGGAAAUUCGGCCCCUUUGCCGAAGCACUGACGCAGUGCAGAAGUGAGCAAAUGUACCUUCCAGAGACAAGAGGUCUCUACUCCGACCUGCCAACAGCAGUACCAGUGAAAAGCUUGCCCGGGUGCAGGUGUUCACUCUGCCCAGCCCGGGUCUUCGAUCUUCUCGGCUUCGCGCGACCAACUCAGCGAGAAAUCGUGGUCUGCCCACAGACGCGUCACCGGGGAGGCUCGCAGCGGCUAGUUUCAGGAACCCUUGAUUGGGGUGGGGCAGAGGCCGACUUCUCUUCGAUUCUGUCGAGGAACAUUGACAUCAUCAAAGGUCCUUCCUUUGUCAAGAAGCUAAACGAGUACCUCGAGGACGUUGAGAGUCACCCAAGGGAGUUCCAGACUGUGGUAGCGGCAAGACGCGCGUCCUUCGCCCACUGGACGGCAGCGGUGCCAUGA